GCGGAAGCGCAAGGGGAGGAAGUUGUCCAUCGGUGGUCUCUUUCUUCUUCCUCCCCCUCCUUUUCUCGUCCUGCUGAAGGGAUCGGGGUGAGGCCAAGCGAUGGCAAACCGGACUGUAAAGGAUGCGCACAGUAUCCACGGCACCAACCCUCAGUAUCUCGUGGAGAAGAUCAUCCGCACCCGCAUCUAUGAGUCCAAAUAUUGGAAGGAGGAGUGUUUCGGCCUCACUGCUGAAUUGGUUGUGGAUAAAGCUAUGGAGCUAAGAUACACUGGUGGAGUUUAUGGUGGAAACAUCAAGCCUACACCAUUUUUAUGCUUGACUCUGAAGAUGCUACAGAUACAACCUGAAAAAGAUAUUAUUGUUGAAUUUAUAAAGAAUGAAGAUUUCAAGUACGUGAGGUUGCUGGGAGCACUCUAUAUGAGACUGACUGGCACCGCUAUAGAUUGUUACAAAUACCUUGAACCUUUGUACAAUGAUUAUCGAAAAAUAAAAAGCCAAAAUAGAAAUGGAGAGUUUGAGCUGAUGCAUGUGGAUGAGUUCAUUGAUCAACUGCUCCAUGACGAACGUGUUUGUGAUAUUAUCUUGCCUAGAUUACAGAAGCGGUACGUUCUAGAAGAAGCUGAACAACUGGAACCACGGAUUAGUGCUUUGGAAGAAGAUAUGGAUGAUGUGGAGUCUAGUGAGGAUGAAGAGGAGGAGGAUGAAAAGAUGGAGAGAAUUCCCUCACCUGAUCACAGACGAAGAGGCUACAGAGAUCUAGACAAACCCCGCAGAUCUCCAACUCUACGUUACAGGAGAAGCCGAAGCAGAUCUCCCAGAAGGAGAAGUCGCUCACCAAAGAGAAGAAGUCCAUCACCACGCCGAGAAAGACAUCGCAGUAAGAGUCCAAGGCGGCACAGAAGCAGAUCUAGAGAAAGACGGCAUAGAUCAAGGUCCAAGUCUCCAGGGCAUCAUCGUAGCCACAGACAUCGUAGUCAUUCUAAGUCCCCAGAAAGAUCUAAAAAGAGCCAUAAGAAGAGUCGUCGGGGAAAUGAAUGAUCUUGUUUCAACCACUUUUUUUGUAGAUGUCAUUGUGAUAAAAGCUAAAUAAUUUUUGUAUUUGUUUAGUUUUUGUUAUUUAGCUGUCUUUGUUUCAAUUAAAGGGGAAUUAUUUCAUUGUA